AUGCACGAUGAAGUGCGUCGCCUUUAUUCUACUUUCCUGGAACCACUAGCAGCUGCGCCAGUUCGUGUAUAUUUUGAAAAAAGUCCACUCCUAUCAUUUGAUAAUGGUUUGGCUGGACUUGUUGAAGAAUUUUAUGGUGAUAGUAAGGUUCACGACUUCGAUUUAACACUGUUCGAUUCGGAAGAGGACAUGAACACAAAAGUGAUUCGUGCGGCAUGCUUCCAAGCAAGUCCUGAUGGGCGAACAAUUAUAAAAAUGAUGGGUAAAAACAUGAAGAACGCAACUGGGGGUGCGGUGGGAAAUAUAGCACGCCGUGAUAUAGCACCAAAUUGGCGAACACGUUUUGCACUGGCUACCGCAUUCGAUUCAACGUUUUAUUGGAAACCACCAUCAAGUGUCGGAGAAACUGAGGCAUAUUUCUAUGAGACGAAUAUUAAAGACCAGGCUACACGCAGCGUGGUAAAUCUGCUUCAUAAAAUAACACCUUUGUUAGCGUAUUUAAACACUCUCUAA